CCCUACAGCAACACUCACGCUUUCAAUGCUCACUUCUCUUCGCUCGGCAGUGGGGAAAUGGUCUUCCGAUAACAUCCUCCGUUCUCAUCGAGCCCGCGCCACAAGUGCCAGCCAGAAGGGACGCUUCUCUGCAUGCCAACAGCAGCAUCAGCAGCGUUCACAGCCGCAGCCGGGAAUGCCCAGCGUAUAUACCGGAGAUGAAGCGUCAUCCUCCGUCACGAGCAACAACAACGUACAUGGCAAGAUGAGCAAUGGACAUGUCGUGCCGCCGGCCAAGGCGACGCAGGUGAAGAAUGAUAAAGACGACGUGUAUCAGGACUUGGCGGAAGCGUGUCGGAACGUGCAUGAUCGGGUAUACGAGUUUCUGGAGCGAAAGCCGAGGAGUGAGAGGAUAGAGCAGGUGCAGCGCAUGACGAGGGAGUCGCUGGGCGUGAUUGAAGAGGCAUUGGAGAAGUUCAGCCUCGACCACCUCUCCUUCAGCUACAACGGCGGCAAAGACUGCCUCGUCCUCCUGAUCCUCUACCUCGCCGCCCUACACACCCACUCGACAAAGUCCUCAAUAUCUCUUCCUCCGACCCUCCGAUCCGUCUACAUCGUCACACCCAACCCUUUCCCCGCCGUAACAACUUUCGUCCACUCCUCCGCAACCAAAUACCACCUCUCCCUCUCGCAAUACCACAAACCCAUGCGCGAAGCUUUCGCCUCGUACCUUGCAGACACGCCGUCCGUCCAGGCGAUCUUUGUUGGAACCCGGCGUACCGAUCCUCACGGCGCGAAGCUCACAUUCUUCGAUCCCACGGAUGGGGGCUGGCCAGCGUUUGUGAGGAUACAUCCGGUGAUUGAUUGGCAUUAUGCGGAUAUUUGGAGUUUUAUCAAAGAGGUCGGAGUCGAGUACUGUGAGUUGUAUGAUAUGGGCUAUACGAGUUUGGGCGGGACGGAUGAUACGCAUCCCAAUCCGGCGCUGGCGCUUAAGACUAAGGGUGCUGAGGAUGUGGUGCGGUAUCGGCCGGCUUAUGAAUUGGUGGAGGAUGAUGCGGAGAGGUUGGGGAGAGAUGGGAAGAGGUGAUGACUACUCUCCUCUUCAUUUGUUUGGAUGACGAUUUAGAUGUAAAAGGACGAGCGGCAAUGUUGGGCAUUUUGUGUGAGCGGUCGCUUGGUUGUAGACAUGCGAAGCGAUAUACAAU